AUGCCGGAAUCGAAUCAAAAUGCGAAUGGAAAUGGUGAAGAGAGAGAUGAGAAUGUGCCGCCAAGAAGAUCGGGUGAGGAUGGAAGACAAGCUGAAAAUGGUGAGAGACGUCGAGCAAAUCGUGCACCGAGAAGAUCAAGAGUGAUGCCUGAUGCGGACCAGAUUCAACGCCAAAAUCAGGCGGUUAUUAAUGGGAUGAUGAGAGAAGCUCAUACGGAUGUUGCUGUAAUUAAUGGAGUUUUGACAAAGACAUGCAGAAAGCGUGUGGAAACUGAGUCGGAGAAAGACUUUCGGGAGAAGAAGAGAGUGAAGAUAAUGAAAGAGAAUGCAGUGAGUUUGGGGAGAUUUUUUAGAAAAUACUCUCGGAAAAAAUUGUCCGAUAUUUUUUGAGCUCAAACACUUUCAAAAUUCGUCUUUUUUUGCAGCAACGACAACGAGUUUUUUAUGAUAGAGCUUGUAAAAGCGGUGGAAGACAGUACGAUGAUGCGAAAGAUAGAAGAACCUUAUAUCAUUGUCCAGUUGAUGCAGAAAAUACUACGAAGGAGACAUUGGAACUGGUGGAUGGAUAUGGGAUAAGACGUAAAUUGGAUGUGAAAAAAAUGAAGGAAAAGAAAGAGGCAAAAGAGGAGUUUAAGAAAAAACAACAAGUCAAACAAGGUGUUCGAACAGAUGAUAAUCCAGCAGAUAGUAAUGGAUCUGGCGCUGAAAAUGGUGGAAAUAUUGCAGAUGUUGAAGGUGGUGGUGGAGGACGUCGAAGUGAGAGUUUUUAUGAAGAUCAAACGCAGAGAGAUGAAGAAGAAGAGCCCGGAAAUGCUCAUUAG